CCAGAUCCUACCUCAAGUUUAUUUCUUCAAAAAAGAAAAAAAAUGUAAUCUUUUUUAUCUAAUAGUGAGUUUAUGACCUUUUUCUCUUCCAGGUGAAUACACCUGUGCUGUCAUAAAACUUCGUCAUUCUUUCUUUCCUCUUACAUUAUGACAAAGUUCUUAAAUGCUUUAUUAUUCACGAUCUUCUACCAGUAGAAGACUUGGUUUUUUAUUGUAAGAUGUGUCUUAAUAAUAUUGUAACCUCUGGCUCCCUGUUCCUUCUUGUGACAGCAUGUGUCCUUUGGCUGCUUUGGGUUGUGGGAGGUUGUACCAUUGAAGUCACACAUGUCCCUGCCCCUGUCACCUUCCUGCACCACCAGGCUCUUCCUUAGCAUUUUGCUGUGCCAAGCUGGAAAUUCUUCCUGCAAGCUGUGGGCAGGAAUCACCUGUUUCUCCUCUCUUUGUUCCUCCCACACUUCAGCUCAUCCUGGGUUGUUCUUGCUUUUUCCUGGCUGCUUUGUUUAUAUUGUGCCAAAGCAACAGGACUGAAGCAUGUGUGCACUAAUGUGUCACCAGGAAUCUUAUCCCUUCCUAAAACAACAGGCCAGUCCCCUUUGCAGGCUUUUCAAGCACUCUGUAGUCCUUCAUCUUCCUUCUGUCUUUAAAGACCAUUUGGGUUUGUUCUCUGUGUUGAAAGUAUGCUUAGGGAAGGUUUCCUUGAAAAAGCUAUGAAAUGCUUGUUACAUCCACAGAGUGUACAUUUAAAUUGUUUGAUUUGCAUAGGGCAGAAAUGCAGCUGCAGAUUAUGGCAGCCCGGGCUCAUAAAGGGAACUGGGAAUUAAGCCUCAGACUCUCGGAGCCAGUUCUGUUAGUCCUCUGUUUUAAGGAGGAAGGCAUCCUCCUUUUUGCUGUGGCAGGACAAGCUCAGUCUGACUACAGUGAAGAAGGAAUAGACCAAAGUGUAACAAUGUGAGAGGGCAGCUUAACAAAACGUUGUGCCAAAUGAAGACAUGAGGCAAUUAGUCUCUGUCUUCAUUGUCUUAUCACUAAGGAGGGACAGAAAAGUUUGUGUGAGAAAUCAUUUUUCUGUGUAUUUGAAUUUUAGACAGAAGUGAGACAGAUUUCGAAGGUGAACAUGUAAUGGUUGAAUAUCUGGUGAAAUAAUGACUCUGCAAGAAUCGAGCUGCUGAAGAGAUGAACAGGGAAGAAGGGACUUUUAGCUGGACUACCUUAACUCUUCAACUUCUAGAUUCUUGCUUUCUGUAUGUGUGUGAAUCAGCUAUUUUAAAAUGCUGUCCUUGAAGGACUGUGCCCCUUCAAUCAACCUGUGAGAACUGAGGAACUCACGAGCAUCCUUCAGAAGUCUUCCAGGAAGAGUGAAUAAGGUCAGACUUCAUGUACUUAGUCUUUGAAAAGUUACAGGAGAGUCUGUUUUUAAGUCAUCUUCCUAUGUUGCAGUAGAUUUUUGGGAUUUCUACUUUCCCAAUCUUAUCCUCUUCAAAGUCACCUGUCAAGAGUAUUGGAGUGUAUUCUCUCCCAUCUAGUUUCCUACAUAUCCUCUGGUGUCAUUGUUUGAGUCACUUCUCACAGAUUUGCAGUGCAUCUGGUAAGGUGGGUAGAUCUUUCAGAAGGUUCUUUUAGAAGAUAAGAACCUAAAAGAUGUUUUAGGAAACAGGGACACUGUUCAAGUCUCCCUGUUCAGGUGAAUCUGUUCAUUGCAUCUGGCUGAAAAUUUGUAUCCAUGCUAUUUGUGCUGCUUGAGUAAUCUACAAGUACUCCCCAUAAAACAAAUUAAUCUCAUGGAGCUCUUGUCUUAAAGUAGACAUUUCAUGUAUCCUGCUAGAUAUAAAAGAAGUCACUUUUAAGCAAAACAUCACUGAUAGGAUUUCUGACACAAUAGCACAGAAACUUCCAAGCACAUCCAUUUUAUAAGCCAGUGUUGAGCUUUAGUCCAUGUUUGUUCACUUUAGAGAAGUGAUCUUCAAUGCCAAUUUUAUAUGUUAAUGUUCAAAAUGGAGUUAACUAGGAUUCAGAAGCUUAGCAGUUUGAUAUAUGACUGUCUCAAUUGUAUCUCAAAAAGAUAUCAGCUCAGAUACCAGUAAAAUGUGGCGUUGCCCUGGUAAGCUGUGGCUAUUAGCACAAGCACAAAUGUAGAAUAAAAAGUGUUUGAAUUACAGGGCUUGAAACAUUGCUUAGAAAUUCCAGUGCUGGUGAACCAGUAGGUAGUUUCCUGUAGCCUUAUGAUGGGGCUAUAACCAACUUCAUUAAAGGUUUGACUGCUUUAAUAAUUCAAAUUGUGGGUCUCUUUUCGAAGACUCAUCAGCUCCAUUAGCUUCUGCAUCUGCUGUCUCUUCCUGGUUGCUCCUUUGCUGUCUGCUGGCCCAUGACGCACCUCUUGCAGGGUUUCUUCACUAUUAAAGGAGGAGGGUAGAGCAGAGCUAAUUGCAGACUGUGUGUGAGCAUGUUCUGGUACUGAUUCCUGGUCAGGAUGAUGUAGAAGUGAUGCUUGUCUGUGCUGGAAAGGCACCAACCCGAAUACUGUUUGAUUGAGCCUCAGCACGACUAAGUUAUUUAAUUAUCUUGAGAGUAUAUGAAGGAAAAGGCUAGAAAAUGUAACUCUUAAUAGAGACCCUUGAGACCCUGCGGUGGGCUUCCUGGAGUUGGCAGGAAGAGAGGCCUCAGGAGGCUCCUGUCCAGCCUCCUGCUCACAGCAGGGACAGCUGUGGGGUCAGAGCAAGUGCCCAGGGCUUGAAAACCUCAGGGGCUGGAGACAUUCAGCCUUUUGGGACAGCUUGCAUGUCCUCGUGGUGGAAAAGAUUUUCUGUACAUCCAGUCCUCUCCUGUUUUAACUUAUGCCCAUUGUCUCUUGUCCUCUCACCACACGGAGAGCCUGGAUCCAUCUUCUCAAUCCCCUCCCUGCAGGCAUGUGAUAGUUGUGGAUGCCCUGGAGCCCUCCCUGGCUCCCACAGCCUCUUCUCCAAAUGCCAGUGCUCCAGCCCUGACUGCUCUGGAGGCCUUGCUUCAGUUGUUCCACAGCUUUCUUGAUUUGUCUUGGUAUCUGAACAAGACCAAGUCAGUCUUGGAAAGUCUUUCCUCCAGCUUUUUGUUUUCUGAAAUGAUCAAUGCUGCUUUCAUACAGUGUUUACUCUUGAAUUUUAACUAGGGGAGAUGUAGUGGGCCCUACUUUGGCCUUCCAGGAGACACCUCAUAGCAUGAUGUUUUCUUUGGGGGAGCAUAAAGUCUCCCUUCUUAUUUUUUCUCUAUACAAGAUGUCUCCACCAUUUGAUAACUAGAAUUUCUGCCAGUAUUUAAUAUGAGCAACACUUCGUAUCCUUCUUUGAGGGUGAGAGUAAUGAUUUUAAAAGGCAAAGAUAGAUGAUGGCUGUUAUUUACUUAGGAUCAACAAGCUUUUUGUGGUGACCUAUGAAGUAAAAAGAAUCACAAUCAAAAAAGUGUCAAGCAAUUCCCCACUGAGCUUUCUACUGAAGGAAAUACAUCUUGCUGAGAGCCCCAAGACACACACCAUACUCGUCAGGUGUCUGGGCAGCAAUUACUUGUUCCCUUUUUCCUGUCAUGGGCAUCUGAAUUAUUGAGCAUCCUCCUGUCACCCAGGGACAACUUGUGCUAAAGUCACUAUCAGACCUAUGAUAAUUUUUUAUUUUUCAAACCUAGAUUCCUAAGGAAACAAGGCUUGUUCAAGUGUGGUCAACUUGGUUGCUGCUAUUAUAACUUUGUGAAAGCUGGUUAGGUGAUCAUGUUUGGGUGAUCCAAAUGAGUGUGCCUGGUGAGAACGAAGCAGUCAGAGUCCAACUGGGGAAAGGUAGCACGUCCAGAACUUCCCCUCAGCUGUGGGGUGCUCGUUUCUGUGCUGGGGUUUGAGCAUACUGCUCCCUAGGGGGGGUAACAGCAGGGAUGGAAGUGCCUGUGCAGGUUGGCAUGUGCUGGGCGUAUUUUCCUGCUGGAGGGAUGGCAGGAAGGUGAAUAUGUGCCAGAGACAAGAGGGCUGCAGUAACCGGGUAAUGUGACUUGCUUAGCACUUGGCAAAAGCUUGGCCAUACAGACCAAGGGUGGGUUUUAAACUUGAACAGCUCUUGACAGAAGUUUCUUACUCUCCCUCACCCUCAGCCCUGAUGUGAUGGCAUAAGUUUAUGGCCAAGUCUAAAGUAAGCUGAACUGGGGAACCACACUAGGUUAAAACUGUUUUAGUUUUGUUUUUUACCCAUGGAGUUUGGUCUGAGUUGAUUUCCUCAUCCCAUUCAUUGUGUUACUGCAGAUGUGCUGAUGAAAAGGGUGAAGUUGUGUGCAACAGGAUAAAAGCACUAAUGGUUAAGAGCAGGGUAGGAAUGCUACUUGGGGUGAUAGUGCUCUUUACCAUUCAAGUGCUCACUGACCCAGAACCCUAUUGAAUAGUGUCCUGUUUCCUAAAAUAUGGCUGUAGCUUUAUAUAGAAUAUCAUCCUUAUAGAAUGUACCUGGUACCACUGUCAACAAACUGUACCCCUCUUUCCAGUCAGAACUGAGAGUCUCCCCUUGCUGCAGAACACAGUGUAUGAUGUUGCUGUACUUUCUGUGCUCUGCUAGGAGGUUACUUGCACAGCAGCGUUCUAGUGACCUAGAAGUGCAGGUUAGUGUAAGUAAAGUUACUGCUGUAUUUAUUUAUUUAUUUUUGAUGGCAAGGAUGAUUCCUGUAACAAUUAGUUCUUGUUCUAACCUGCAUAUUCCUAUGCAGUUUGAUCUUUAUUGGAAAAGAGAAAGUUCUGUUGUGGCAGUAAAACCAGAUGAUGCUUGUCUGAAGUGGUAAUGAGGGAGUGCACCAAAGCAUUUUGAGAAGGCUGCCCCUGUCCCUGAGUUUAGGGGGUUGGAGGGGUUUUUUUCCUCAGUUUCUUCAUUUCAGUGCAUGGUAAGAAGGUACAUUUUCUUGGUGAAUUAGCUGUUUUAUUUAAGUAUUCAGUGUAAAGUGUACUAUGAUAUUCUGUCUACUUGUAAAAUCUGUUUUUUCUAUCCUAAGAAGUCAUAACAAGUAACCAUAGCUUGGUCCAGUGAGAUGAUUUUGGCCUCUAAAUAAGCUGAUCUGAGCACUGAAUUGUAUCACAAACUUUCAUGUUAAGCAACUUAAAGCUCUGUUUAAAUCGACAUAUCUGGAAACUGAAGCUGCCCUGCUUUUUUUUUAGUUUGCCACGUGGGCUGUUGUGGGCAUUUUCAGAUGUCUUAAUGCUUCCUGUUGGAGAGAGAAAGGUUGGGUUGAUGGGAGAAGACAGUGACUUGAUGGAUAAAUGCCUUGGCAUCUUCCCUGCCCUGCUCAGCCAGCAAAACUGAGUAUAGAAGAGGAGUAAUUGCAGUUCAAGUGCAUAGUGGCUGGAGAUAAGAGAGGAUAAUUUGCUAUAGGAUCUGAUUUUGUUGGAUGAGGAGCUGCUGGGGAUUGUAGAGGUUUAAGGGUUCUUCAUCACUGCUGUUAGAUUUUCACAGCAGUAGCAGAGAUUCACUCAUAGCAGCGGGCUGGUAGAAGAGCAGUUAAAGAAUGCAGCUAUAAUUUGUAAGGAAUAUAUGUGGGAGGACACUAGUUGUUGAUUUCAUUACUUUGAACUUGGGGAUUGUCCUCAUCUUACUGGAAAACAGCUGCUGUCAGACAGGAGGGGAAUAAACCCACAGAUUUUUUCCUUAAAAUCAUUAGCAGAGAUGCUUACUUUGAUUCUGUACUUUUUAAUGUAUUAUGAGGGAGGUCAUAGAUUUCAUGGGUAUUUGGGAAAACGUAGGUUUUCCUCUGCUCAGGGAGGGAUAUGAUACCUUAUUUCUCCAUUUUACUGCUGUAAGAAUACAGGAAUUACAGAUUGUUUGUUGUGAAGUGACAUGAGGACUCUGGAUCAUCGUUUCUUAUGAUUCCAUACAGGGUGGGGGGUGGUGGCUUUGUUUGUGUGUGUCUGCUGAGCACUCGAGUUGUUGCACUGGACAAGGUAUUGCUGGAAGCAUUACAGCUGUACUGGAGUCAUCACCAGCUGCCACCUGUGCAGCCCUGCUCCAAGUCCUGCCUUUGGGCCAUGUUUCUGGACUUGUCUGUCCACUGCUGCUCUUCCCGUUUGAAUUUAAGACGAAUUUUUCAUUGUAAACUUGGGGACUUCCCAGAUGACCAAAUGAGGGGGAAAUGGCUUAAACAGUGUUCUGAAGCUGAGUAGUUAAAUUCCUCUGAGUUAAAUCAGCAGGUACUUGUUUAGAUCAGUGUAAUCCUGUGAGCUGAGAUGGAAUAAACUUUUUUGAGUUACAUUAGGUCUGCUUUCUCUUCUCUCUGUAUUCCAGUCUCUUGGAUUAUUCACACUGGCUUCUACACUCAAGGGAUUAUCAUAAGGAACGAGAAGGCUGAGGAGUCUCUGAAUCUCUUGGGAUUGUUACAGAUCUGUGGGUGACAGACUGAAUUUCACUGAUGGGACUCAAAUCAGAGAUACCCUUGAGGUACUUAGGAGUCCUGCUAGAAUUAAUAUUCUCUUCCAUCUUCAGGGAAAAGAAAGAUAAUAUUUCUGAAAGUACUUACAAUGUCCUGAAUACAUCAGCAGUCUAUUUCUCAUCUUUUCAUUUCAUUGUUUUUGGUGCUGAAAGUAUCCUCUAGUGCUCAGCCUGAUUGAAUAGUUUUCUGCUUUGUCUAAAUGGUGGUAUGGAUAAAGCUGAUUUUUAUUUUAUUUCUGCCCCUCCUCUCCUCUGCAACAUUGUCUGUUUUGAGUCUGUGGGCCCUGUUUAUCAUACAGCUUAAUUAUCUGAGAGCUACUCUCUAGCUGUUAGAAAAUGAGAAAUUAAUUCUGAGUGCAGUACCUUUAAGACUGAUUAUGCCAAAAUAGUGUGGAGAUCAUUUCUUGAAUUACUUAAAGGAAACCACUUUUUUGUUUGGAAAACAGAAAACCAGACCUUUUGGGCAUUAAGCAUCUUUAUUUCAGACUUUGGUGUUUCAUGGUGCCUUGAUUUAAUGAGGCCUUGGGAGCUGUUCCUAUUUGGUCAGGCUGCUGCAAAGGGCAGUUUGUUUGGAGCCUGUUUUGGGCCCCCUGGACGUCCCCCCACCCCCCCCCAUAGUCUGUGCUGUUACUCACCACAUCUUAACUUCCCUACAUGUGAAGAGUAAAUGAAUUUUUGAUAAAUCUGUUGGGCAGACCAUUUUCUCCCUUUGUUUAUGAUAGUCCUGUAAAUUGUGCUACUGACUGUUGCAGUGAAAUUCUCCUGGUAUUUGAUUUGCCAUGUCCUGUGUUGGUCUCGCCAUGAUGUGAAGAAAGCAUGUGGGUAUUGCUGUGUGUCAAACAGCUGUGACUGUGUGAUAAUCUUUUUUUAACCCAAACAACCUUUGACAGCUUUGGUUCCUUCUGCAGAUAGUGCUGGUUUUGGGCCUUUGGGCAUUCCUGCUCUUAAUUCAAGGUACACUUGAGCUGUUAUGAAGGAUCUUUAAGGCAGAUUUUCCAAACUAGCCUAAUAAUAACUGAAAAUGAAAAUCCUCUAUUAAAAAAAAAGUUGCUAAGAACUGCUAAUCCUCUAUACCUAUGGAGAAGGAAGAAUGGGACAAGACUUCUGGCUGUUCAAGUUGUCUGUCUUGAAGUAGUGUAAAUACUUGUCGAUGACAAUGCCAUGGCCAAACUUCUGAGUAGAGAGACUUGAGCCAUCCAGAUAUUCCUUGGAAAAAGCCAGUCUGUUGGUGAGAAUAGUGUUCAAAGGAUUUAAACCACAUUUAUAAGUAUUAAAGAAAGACCCAGACCCACCAAAAGUGUAUAAAAAUAUGGAAACUGUAGCAGCUCUUAAGACCUCAAGCAUGCUGCUUCAGUUACUAGUAAAGGAAAUAUUUCAAUUUUAAGAAACAGGUGAGAUUUCUAUAUUGGUUAAUGAUUGUAAAUUAUUAAAAUAUACAGAGUAAACUUGCAGUAAAAAUCUAGAAGGUGUUUCAGUUUGUUCUAAUACCAUUGAUAGGUGUAAUGUUGAACAUAUACAUGAAAUCUUUAACUAGAAAAGUGGUAAAAUCCUUAAUAUGCAUUGGCAACAUGCAUUUGGAUUAUUACAGCAGACCUUAAUUUGUGAGCGUGUCACAUAGAUUAUGCCAGGGCAUGAACAUCUGGCAGGUUUUCCACCCAACUUGAACAUACCAUGGCUAUUUAAUUUAGAGGUUUAUUUUGUUUUGAGGUAAAUGGCAGGAGAUAUGGAGCUUGGGGCAAAGACAUCUCUAGGGGAUUGUGGCUUGCUCUGACUCCAGCUGAAAUACUUGUUUUCUGGUUUUGAUAUCAAAGACUAAAAUAAUCUCUAACGCUUGAAAGUACCCAGAAAAAUAUUUCCAGUGUGUUUCUAAUGAAGAUGUCAGUGCUUGCUGAUGCUGCUUGUGCAACUACAGACUAUUUUGGUUGCUUCCAUCAUAGGUGGCCAGUCAGAAGUCAGCACUAAAAGAAGUGCUGUGUCUGCCUGUAACAUUACGUUACAUGGUAAGAAUUUGGGAAUACUCAUUCAAGAUCAGUUAAAAUUCUGUACUCUUUGAUUAAAGAUGGUUACAAAAAUGUAUCUUCUGUCCUGCAUAACUGAUUCUGUUAAUUCCUGAAAUAAUUCUUUGAGAACUGCUGUGCUGGGGCAUUAGGUGAUGUGGGUGAAGAGUGUUUUGUCUUCUGGAAGGACAGAUCCAAAAGACAUGAAGACCUUUGGGCCUUUAAGGACUCUGGUGCAGGAAGUUUUUUGUGUAUAGUGGGAAAUGCUGUUGAACAUACAGAUUUCAGAUUUUGGUAUUAAAGCAGCAUGAUUCACCUGCUUUCCCUGCUUUAUUGUCAAAUGCUGACGCACAGUGCCAAAAUUAUUCUAUUUUCAGAAUUAUUUUGGACAUGCUGGUAUACUACACAAAACAAGUGACUAUGAAAUCAAAUCUAUAGUUGAUUGCAAAGUGGAAUGCAGGGGCAGCCUGAGUAACACACAAAUACUGAGUUAAUAAUUAGUGACUGUGUAGUCACAUGUCAAAUCUUUUGAUGCCAUUGUCUCUUCUUGCUUAAUAUGCCUCAAAGAUUCAAAAAAUGUCUUCUCUGAGUGAGGACGGUCACUACCCUUCCCCACGUUCCAAAAGCAGUAGUGGAUUGAGCAAGGCUGGUGAUUUUUGCUGUGGGAUUUGGUGGGAGGCAGGAAGUGGAAUGGAUGAACCCAAGGCACACAGCAGUUCCUGAAGGCAAGAGGCAGGCAGAAGUCCUGAAGGCUGACAUGACAGAUUCAAAGCUGGGUCCAGCAGAAGUCUGGACAUCCAGACAGGCUCUACAGGACUUGUAUCAAAAAAUGCUAGUGACUGAUUUGGAAUACGCUUUAGACAAAAAAGUGGAGCAGGACCUUUGGAAUCAUGCCUUUAAAAAUCAGAUCACAACACUCCAGGGUCAGGCGAAAAACAGAGCAAAUCCGAAUCGGAGCGAAGUUCAGGCGAACCUUUCUCUGUUUUUAGAGGCAGCUAGUGGCUUCUACACACAGUUACUACAGGAAUUGUGCACAGUUUUUAACGUAGACCUGCCGUGCCGUGUGAAGUCUUCCCAGCUGGGGAUCAUUAGCAAUAAACAGACGCACACCAGCGCCAUUGUGAAGCCACAGUCCAGCUCCUGCUCCUACAUCUGCCAGCACUGCCUUGUCCACCUGGGAGAUAUUGCUCGCUAUAGGAAUCAGACCAGCCAGGCAGAGUCUUACUAUAGACAUGCAGCUCAGCUUGUCCCUUCUAAUGGUCAGCCUUAUAAUCAGUUGGCUAUCCUAGCUUCCUCCAAAGGAGACCACUUGACCACAAUUUUCUACUACUGCAGAAGCAUUGCUGUGAAGUUUCCUUUCCCAGCUGCCUCCACUAACCUACAAAAAGCACUUUCUAAAGCACUGGAAAGUCGUGAUGAGGUGAAGACUCGAUGGAGCGUGUCUGAUUUCAUCAAGGCAUUUAUUAAAUUUCAUGGCCAUGUGUACCUGAGCAAGAGCUUGGAGAAGCUGAACCCUCUUCGAGAAAAGCUGGAAGAGCAGUUCAAGAGGUUGUUGUUCCAGAAGGCCUUCAACUCUCAGCAGUUAGUCCAUAUUACUGUGAUCAACCUGUUCCAACUGCACCACUUGCGAGACUUCAGCAACGAAACAGAGCAGCACAGCUACAGCCAGGAUGAGCAGCUCUGCUGGACACAGCUCCUGGCUCUCUUCAUGUCAUUUCUUGGAGUUCUGUGCAAGUGUCCUUUGCAAAACGACUACCAGGAGGACUCUGGGGCUGCAUAUCCUCUUCCAGCUGUGAAGGUUUCGAUGGACUGGCUGAAACUUAGGCCCAGUGUUUUCCAGGAGGCAGUGGUUGAUGAAAGACGGUACAUAUGGCCCUGGCUGAUCUCUCUUCUAAAUAGUUUCCAGCCUCACGAAGAAGAUCUAUCCAGUAAUAAUGCAACCCCCCUUCCAGAAGAAUUUGAGUUGCAAGGAUUCCUGGCUCUGAGACCCUCGUUCAGGAACUUGGAUUUUUCCAAAGGCCACCAGGCGAUUACAGGGGAUAAAGAAGGGCAGCAACGUCGGAUACGGCAACAGCGCCUGAUCUUCACAGGCAAAUGGAUUGCUGAUAACCAGCCAAGGUUGAUUCAAUGUGAAAAUGAGGUAGGAAAGCUCUUGUUUGUGACAGAAAUCCCGGAGCUCUUACUGGAAGACCCUAGUGAAGCCAAAGAGAGUCUCGCCUUGCAGGAGACAUCCAUGGCAGAGCCACUGUGUGCUGAUGGGAGCCCUGGACUCAAAUCAGUGCUGUCCUCUGGCAGAAGCCUGAGCAACAGCUGCGAUGCAGGAGAAAAGCCAAUGGUCACCUUCAAAGAGAAUAUCAAGCCCCGGGAGAUGAACAGAGAACAAGGGCGCAUCUACCCCCCAAAGGACAUAGCGAGGGAGAGACGGGACUUUAGCAAAGGAAUAGUAGCAAAUAAGAAUGAUGGGAAGAAGGAUAACAAUAAAAGAAAGAACGAGACCAAGAAAUGUGGCUUGGAUAAGAUGCAGGAAGCAGGAAAGCAGAAUGUGGCAGUUCAGGUGAAAUCCCAGACAGAGAUGAGGAAGACUCCGGUGUCUGAAGCCAGGAAAACACCUGUAACUCAGACUCCAAGUCAGGCCAGCAGUUCCCAGUUCAUCCCUAUUCAUCACCCAGGAGCCUUCCCUCCCCUUCCUAGCCGACCAGGAUUUCCUCCUCCAACCUAUGUCGUGCCCCCUCCUGUGGCUUUCUCCAUGAGCACAGGGUACACCUUCCCAGGUGGUGUUUCUGUCCCAGGAACCUUCCUCCAGCCCACAGCUCACUCACCUGCAGGAAACCAGGUGCAAGGUGGGAAACAGUCCCACAUUCCUUACAGCCAGCAACGGCCCUCUGGACCAGGGCCAAUGACCCAGGGACCUCAGCAAACACAACCUCCUUCCCAGCAACCCCUCUCAUCUUUACCAGCUCAGGCAACAGCACAGUCCGCAAGCCAGUUACAGGUCCAAGCUCUGGCCCAGCAGCAGCAGCAACAGUCCCCCACGAAAGCUGUGCAGGGCCUGGGGAAGAGCCCGCCACACCACUCCGGAUUCCAGCAGUAUCCACAGACAGAUUCAUCGAAGCAGCUCUGGAACCCCCCUCAAGUCCAAGGCUCCCUGGGGAAGAUCAUGUCUGUAAAGCAGCCCUAUUACCUGCCGGCCCAGGACCCUCUCAAGCUCUUUGAACAGUCAUUACAGCCUCCUGUGAUGCAACAGCAACCUUUGGAGAAAAAAAUGAAGCCUUUCCCAAUGGAGCCAUAUAACCAGAACCCCUCAGAUGUCAAGGUGCCAGAAUAUUACUGGGACUCUUCCUAUGGCAUGACGGACAACAGGGUGAUGACCCAGCAGUCGAACCUGGACCGCAGGGGGAAGCGGCAGGGAGUGUUCCGCUCCGAGCAGGAUGCUGUCUCCAGGAUGACCUUUGAGGACCCCAAGAGCUCCCCUCUGCUUCCUCCGGACCUGUUAAAGAGUCUGGCUGCCUUGGAGGAGGAGGAAGAGCUGAUUUUCUCUAAUCCUCCUGAUCUUUACCCAGCUCUGCUGGGGCCUCUCGCCUCUCUUCCUGGACGAAGCCUCUUUAAGUCUCUGCUGGAAAAACCAUCAGAAUUGAUGUCUCAGUCAUCAUCUUUCCUGUCCCUCAGUGGCUUUUCUCUAAAUCAGGAAAGAUAUCCAAACAACAGCAUGUUCAAUGAGGUAUAUGGAAAAAACAUGAAUACCAGCACAAAAACAGAAGUCACCCCUUCAGUUGCCCAUCAGGAGACUUCACUCUAUUCUCUCUUUGAAGGGACUCCGUGGUCUCCAUCCCUUCCAGCCAGCUCAGAUCAUUCAACACCAGCCAGCCAGUCUCCUCACUCCUCCAACCCCAGCAGCUUGCCAAGCUCCCCUCCAACCCAUAACCACAAUUCUGUUCCUUUCUCCAACUUUGGACCCAUUGGGACUCCAGACAACAGAGACCGGAGAGUCGCAGACCGCUGGAAAACAGAUAAGCCAGCAAUGGGAGGGUUUGGUCUGGACUAUCUCCCAACAACGUCGUCCUCUUCAGAGAGCAGCUGGCACCAGUCCAGUACUCCCAGUGGGACCUGGGCAGUCCAAGGCCCUCCUGCCAUGGAGGACUCCUCAGCUGUGCUUAUGGAGAGCCUGAAGUCCAUCUGGUCCAGUUCCAUGAUGCACCCCGGCCCCUCAGCCCUGGAGCAGCUGUUGAUGCAGCAGAAGCAGAAGCAGCAGCGUGGACAAGGCGCCAUGAAUCCGCCGCAUUGAGACAGAGGAGGCAACCCUUACAAUGAUGGCUCCAUAAACCAUGGCAUGUUGGGUCUGUGGGACUGGCACACACAGUCCUGUGCAGGUGGCAGCCCUCUCUUCUGUUCCUUGCUGUCAGGAGGGCGUAAGUGCUCCACCAACCCACUGAGUGUGCACAAAACGUCUGCAGUGCAAGCAAACAACAUCAGGAACUCUCCCAUCCCCCAGGCCCUUUGGAGGGAGAGAGGAACUGCUGUUUGGCUCACUCAGUAACCCAAUAUCACCGCCUCUCACCUUCUCCAUUGUGCAUGUCCCCAGCCACAUGGGAAGUAAAAGCUGAGAGCAAAGGGCAGAUGGGAGAAGCCAAUGAGAACUUCUCAAUCCUUUUCCUCUCUUUGGGGAGAUACAAUAGGAAUCCAUUAAUGAUUGCUUCGCUGACUGAGAAUGUAGUUGAAAUUACUCCUAAACAUCUUUAUUACUAUCUCAGUAGUAAGAUCACACUGAAUUCUGUACACAGACGUGCUUCAUAGUCAGUGUGUAGCAAUGAAAGCCCCAGUUGCUGCUCCGGUCACAGUGGGUGGUGAUGAGGUGGGGCUCUGUAUCCUGGACUAGCAAAGGAGUUUCAUGAAAGAGAGUCUUGCACUUGGCACACUUCACCCAGAGGCUUUGGGUGGGUUAGAGACUCCAGCAUGAAAUGCCCUUCUCUCAGUAGGUGUUUGAGCUAUAAGGGGUGACAUGGGGCAUUGCAGCACUAUGUUGAAAAGCAAGUUAACUGCUACGGGGUUUUAAAUUAAUGUGUGAUUCCUGUACAUUUUACUGUAGCAUAGUGGCUAGCCCCACAAAGGGCAGGCUAGUCUGUGCAUUCACAGCCUGACUCAUUUUAAUAGGUAGGUAGAAAGCUUUCACUGGUUUUUUUUUUGUUUGUUUGUUUCUUGUUUUGUUUUUUUUUUGUUUUGUUUUGUUUGAUUUGGUUUUGUUUUUUCUCUUUCCAUCCUCCCAUCUUCGCUAAACGCUCGUAGUUUCAUUACCAUGGCAGAAAAUAAUCAGGGGUCCAGGAGGGCUGGUUGAAUCCAACAGCCAGCCCAGACAGCAUGGGGCAUCCGCACGCCCGGUGAGGAACAGGUCAGCUCUGCAGAAACCUGUCCCAGCUGCAGCCCCAGGCUUUCAGUGCCAGAAACAAAUUCAAGGCACCCAUGGACACACGGAAACAGCACAGUGCUGUUCACAGAUGAAAAGGUGCAGAAGGGAAAAGGAAAAAAAAAAAUGUUUUAUUUGCUAUUUAUUAGGGGGAAGGAAGACUGGAAGUUUUGUUAAAGAAAAGGACAGCGUUUUUGUUAGAUUUCCCAGGGAAGUUACAGAAACAGACUCAAUGUCCAUUUGCUGUUUUUAGCAGUAGGGGUUUGUGUGAUGAUUCAGGAUCUCUGGACUAGAAUUCAGCUGCAGAACAAAGCACAUGCAGGAGCCGAAGUGACGCUGGAGUCUGGGCAGUCCCAGAGAAUACAAAAAGGGAAGGCGGAGGAGACCCAAUACCCUCGGGGGUACGAGAAGCUCACUACGAGCUCCACCUUAGCAACAUCACUGUUCUGUGUUGCAUUUCAAAGCUGUAUUUCCUUUAACAAGUCCAAAAAGUGAAGUUCCCACCUGGUGGUAAUCCAGCCCACCCUGUGUGUCCCCUCCAGCCCUCCCGCUGUGUGUCCAAGCUGUGCGCCCAGGCAGCUGCGACAUUCCCGUGUUUGCACCGUCACUGACUCUUGCACCCCAGACGAGCUAACCAGGAACACCAUCUCACUCCCGGCCGUGCCAGGUCCCAGCUGCACCGUUCCACUUGUGCAUGAGCACCCGGCCUCGGGAAUGCGUCUGACCCCGCCUGCCCUCCAGCACCUGGAGGAGCCAGGGAAGGGGCCCCCAACAGAAACUGGUUUGUGUUGUAAGCUUUUUUUGUGUUUUCUGUCUGUCUGUGCAAGAACUGCAGCUGCCGAAAUCAGCUUUGCCUUUAAUUAAACCAUGUUCUCUCCA